CUCCACGUCACUCCUGCCGCCUUUCGAGCAGGAGCAGGUCACCAGGAGCAACGCCCGACUUCUUCUGCGCAGAACGAGCAGCGAGGCCGGGCGCGCUCCGCUUGUGUCGUAGGGCGCGCCGAUGGGCAGUCGGGCAAAGGCGGAGAUGGUGGUAUGAAGGUGGUCGAAAACUACAAUUGUUCCACCCAGCGUGAGUUCUUAUACCAUCAGACUCAAAGAACACAGCAGCGGCGCAUGGACCUGACCCAUGAACAAGAAAGCCAUCAAAUAUUUCAUGAUCAUGCGGCUCCUCAUCAACAACAUCAUAAUACAACUUCUGCGUCUUCUACUGUCGUGCGGGAGCCAGAGCAUUCGAUGCUCUAUGCACAAAAGAUGAACACUUCACUCGACGCGGCCGCUUCGAGUUCGGCACGGCCGCACCAAUACCACCAGAGUAUAUUAACUACAGCUCGCGAUCCUGCUUUCGUUGACGUCUCUACCGCUUCAGUUCCAC